AUGAACAUGGACAAACUGCCUCUUGCAUGUGUACUGCUUCUCCUCAUGGGAACACUAAACCUGUACAACGUACUGGCAACACCUGAGAGCUACUGGGAACAAGUGUUCCCGAAAACUGCAAUACCCGAUUUUAUUCGUGCCCGUCUUCAUCCCAUACCUAUAGGAGUGGUGCCUAUGACUGCAGACAAUCGAGAUCCGCGAUUCUUCUAUCCUGACUCCUCACAUAAGCGUGACCCUAGGCAAACCACAUUCUUCUUAGAGGAGGAGCUGAAAGUUGGAAUGAACAGAGUUCUUUACUUUCCUAAAUCCGACUUUGCGUAUGCCGCACCUUUCCUUGCUCGUGAGAUCGCAGAUGCCAUACUCUUCUCACCAGCCGAACUUCCACAAAUCCUAAAGCGCUUCUCAUUGCCUACUGCCUCUGUUGAGGCUAAUGCAGUGCGUGAAACCUUAGCAUGGUGUGAAUCUCUAAGAGGCAAGGCUCAAUGCCUAACCUCUUUAGAGGCUUUAACUGACUAUGCAACUCGAUCCACUAUGGACCGCAGCAUUACCACGCUCCACACUCAUAUCGACAAGGAUUCUGGGCUCCAAGCUUACACCGUGAAGCGAGUGGAGCACAAGGUUGCGACGCCUGUACUACUGCCACCAUGUUGGUGA